GUAAAUGUUCCUUUCGGAAGAGCUGCAGAAUGGUAUAUAGCAAACCAUUCUUUAUUAAAAGAUAGACGUUUAAAGUCUCAAAGUAGACUGUAUACUUCAGAAUUAGUUAAAGAAGGGUAUAUUACUAUUCAAAGUAGAAGGCGCAGUCGACUUUAUGGAAUGGCAAACUAUAACUGGAAAAACAAAGUCUACUAAUAGGAUUGAUGAUAUAAUUUCAUUAACUUCAAAAGUUCAUGAACUCCUUGAAAAAAUAAAUUCUAAGAUAAAAAGAGAUAAAUUAUGUUGUCAUGGAUUAAUGUAUUGUGCUGGAGAUGGAAAUGUUUGCCAAAGAGUUUGUGGAGAAGUUGGUAAAUGUAGAGCAGGUUGUAAAAAUUCAGAAUUUCCGAAUGGGCUUAAAAAUUAUCAAGACAUGCAUUUAUGCAAAGUACGAAUUAUAAGUGAAGUUCGUUUUCAUCAUUAACUACGUCUCAUCCUUUAUUAAAAACUAUACAAGGAUUUCAUAUUCCAUCAAAUAUGAUAGUUAAUAAUCUAACACCAAAAAUUA